GAACUUCCGCUCCUCGAGUGCCUGUUCUCUGUCUCUCGUCUUCUCAUCUCUUCGUUCAACGCCCUUCAACGAUUCGUGGCCUUCACUCCCAGCAGUCACCAGGCGUUCCCCAAGUAGUCCACAAACGAAGAAAGCAACAAAGGAAACACACCUUCUCUCAUUAGGAGGCGCGGCCACCGCAACGUUACGUAAACUCGCUUCCUUCCUGUUCUGUUCAUGCCCUCCCCACCGCCCUCUGCCGCUGUCUCGUCAGACGAGGCUGCGCGGACUCCGGCCCGCGAGGAAGGAAAGCACGAAGAGGAGUCUGUGUCUGCCCCCGCCCUCGCUGCAGACUCCCGCGUUGCUGCACCGUCUUCUCUCUCUUCUUCUUCCUCCUCCUCCUCCUCCUCCUCCUCUACCAACGAGGCGGCGGCGACGGACGCAGCACCGCCGCCGCCGCCGUCGCAGCGGGCGCUGACGUACGAGGAGUUCCGCCAGUUUUACGUGGCCUCGCGGAGGUCCGACUUGGCACAGCAGAGCCGCAGCGGCGAUCCCGUUUACCACCCGCACGAACUCGAGCAGCUGCACGGCGAGGCGGAGCGAGAGCGUCGUCGCCGACUCGCCGCGGAGCUCUGCGAGGAUUUGACGGCGCUGGCGCAGGAGCGUCACGGCGGGCUGCGCAGACGCCUUCACGACGUGGGUGAUGUGAACGGCCAUGCGGCAGCAACAGCAGCAGCAGACGGCAGCCCAGUAGGCGUGGGCCGGACCCCUUCCCCACCAACGCAGCCGGAUGUGAUGGGUCGUAUCGGUGCCGCCGUGGGUACGGCGGCAAGCUGGGCCCUGCAGCAGAUAAGCGAGAACAUCAUCCGCUUGCUUCAAUUCUCGCUGCUGGGGUAUCUGGUGUACUCACAGUCGGAUGGAGAUGGGCGCAUCCUGCUCGUUCUCCUCGGCAUCUUCGCCGUCUUUUCGGUUUUGCGUGCCGUUGUGCACAACUUUAGGAUUGGCCACGAGACAGGCACGGUGUCUGCCCCAUCCUUUCUGGGACGCCUUUUCAAGCCAGAAGGGCAGACGGACCCCGUAUCGACACCGCGCAAAGUUGGCUACAUGGCUGCCAAAUGUGUGGAGUCGUUUAUUCUGAGUGUGUUCCCGACCUACUCGAUCGAGCGUCUUGAGACGGAGCUGCAGGUGGACGGCAUUGUUCAUUAG